CCCUGACUUUCUCCCCGUCAUAAUUCGCAUCACCACUUCUUACGGCUUCACCCUUAGGCCAGCGCACUGUUACCUGGCCCCUAUCUGGAUCUGCCACUGUUGAUCGUACCAGCAUCUCGCUCUAGCAUCAUACCUCAUCGCUGUGGCCAUCAUGGAGUCUACUCUUCGUCGUCUCCUCGAGCAUGAGAGACAAACCGUCUGGAAUCAAAACGCACACCUACCAACACGCGACCGCCAACAUCUUUGGGAACAACGAAAAGCCGAGCUCAGCUCGCUCAUCGCCAGCGACAAUGUCUCUUCACUACGACCCGACGCACGCAUUCCACGGACCAUGUCCUAUCAUGGAUCCUCGAGCAUCCGGAAUUCGAACCUCGGCAUCGACACGCUCAACACCAUGAAUCGCACUGAAGGCCUCUCCGUACAGUCGGCUCCUGCAGCCGUCUCUAUGUCAAGGUCUCCUUCGUCCUAUUCAGCUAAUGACGAUGCAUUCUCGUUCGACGGCUACACUAUUAGCCCCAACACGUCCUUCUCCCCAAAUCAAGCAAACAUCCAGACAAUCAGCGAGAUCAACGAGUACGACCCUUCCGAGUACGUCAACGCGCACUUUGGCCCCUCGACAAACUCGACUCAAACGCCAUCCAUCUCAAUCAAGCACGACUCCAUUCCCUCUUGGGGCCAGUCAUUUGACGGCUCUGUAUCCCCCUGCACAUCAACUGGUGAGCUCACGACUGCAUCCACUCUCGCGAGUGACAUGAGUCGUGAGGCAAGCUACUGCACCCUGUUCGGUGAUGUUUCUUUAUCGCGAAAGAACUCGCAAUUUUCUGAUUCCUUUUCCGAGGAACCUGCUUACUCUUCUCCUUAUGAUGUAAAAACUAUCAGCCUGUCUGAUACUGAACCUCCUCUUUUCCUUGGUCUUUCCGAUUACACCGAUAGGACCACAAAUCCUAUCGGCGCACCUGUUUUUUCCCCUUCGCAAUUUCCUUUCAGUGCGUCAGCACGCUCUUCUUCUUUUCAGCAAACGUCGGACCUGGUGGAGGAUAUGAAAAGGUCGACGUCCAUUGAGAGCAACAAGUCCUCGAACUCGAGUAACUCUCGAAACUCGCGUCGCCGCCAAGAGCAACUCGCUCACGGCUCCCGUCCGAUUGCUCCAAAGGCAAUUCAGAAACACUCAGCGGCCUCUCAUUCGGCACGCCAUGCAUCGUCAUCAACUAAGAUGAUGCGAGUUCAAUCUCAAGACGGAUCGUCGAAAGACGUUGCUCAAAUCACUAAAGCUCCCUACGUCCGACCACAGCACCCCAAAGUAAUGUGCCCUCACUGCCGCGAGUACCCAGAAGGGUUUCGCGGUGACCACGAACUUCGCCGCCACACCGAACGUGCGCAUGCUGCUGUGAGAAAAGUAUGGGUUACUGUAGAUGCCUCGGCCGACAAGAAGUUCCUCGCCAACUGCAAGCAAUGUAAAGCUGGCAAACAGUACGGAGCGUACUACAACGUCGCUGCGCACCUUCGUCGUGCACAUUUCCAUCCCCGAAAGCGCGGCCGCAAGGGCAAGCACGAUGAGAAGCGUGGUGGCAAAGGAGGAGGAGACGACCCCCCUAUGGAGGUUCUGAAGGCACAUUGGAUCAAGGAAAUUCUUGUUGCCGGUACUGCUUCUGACGACUCUGGGUCGGAUGAUGACAACCUCAUGCAAGACCAAGAACAAUUCGGCACCUCGCCCAACUAUCCCGAUUCCAACGCCAACACCGCCACUCAGUCGUACGACGUUGAUGCCUCUUACACCAUGUCGCAUUCUGCCUCGCAACCUAUCGAGUACAGUCAAUUUGCAGAGAGCGGUCAGACCGCCUUCGCCUCGUCGUUUGCGAACUCGUUUCAGCAGCCUCAGCUUAACGACUUCAACUCUCUGCAGCAAGAUUUGAAUCUUGAUACCAACGCCUCGCUGUAUCCCGCCUUUGAAUUCGAUGCACAGCAGCAGUUUGAUAUACAAUACAUGCCGCAGCCUGUGCCUAUGAUGUAGAUUUGCCCUAUCUCGUUCGAUGUUCUUAUUGCCGCGACUUCCUGACUAUGAUAUAUCUACGGCGUUUGGGUCAUCAAGCUGUGCUCUCGCGUCUUGAUCUGUUCUCUGUUGGGGUAGCAUUGCAUGGUACUGGUUCGAGGUUGGCUACUUACCGGCGUUUUGUGGUUCAGAUUUACGACUUUCUAUGAUUAUUUUCACUUUUCGAUCAUGAUCUUUCAUGAUUCAUUUCUUUGGAUACUUGAGGUCGCUGUAAUGCUAGUGUAGCUUGCUUCUUCAUGAUGUAAUUAUCUAGGUACACUUCUCUAGGUUCGGGCUUCGCAGGAGUUCAUCGGUUAUAUAUGAAUGCAAUUGAUAU